AUGUCAGAUAAUUUGGAGGAUUCGGUGAUUAACUUGAAGCUACUCAUAGAUGAAGCAAAAAAAAAGGUCGUAUUCGCUGAAGCGGGUAAAGAUUUCGUGGAUAUACUCUUGAGCUUUUCGCCAAUGGGAACAAUCGUUAGAUUGUUGGGGAUGCAUCAGACAGUAGCCAUAGGUUGUUUCAAUAAUAUCUAUGGAAGUGUUGCGAGUAUGGGGAUGAAUAAUUUUACUACGGAAGCUAGCAAGCAAAUGCUUUUGUAUCCGGGGAGUUUGAAUCAGGAGAAGUGUCAAAAGAUCAAGCUGAAGAUAGAUGAUUCCGAGGCUACGAAGUGUUACAUGUGUCCUAUGUUUGUGCGAAGCGGGCAAUGUAGUAAAAGGUAUAGCAAUUUCAAUACCUCCAGGUGUAGCUGUGGGAAUUUGAUGAAUGAAGUGAUUCAGUUUCAAGGAGAAGGAGGACAAGGUAACGGUGUUGAAGGUGGAGUAUUUGUGAGGAGUGCUCAUACUUCAUUCAUAAUCACUGAUGAUUUGAAAGUGGAAGUUAACUCUGUUGGAUCAACGUUUAAUGUUCUUAAAGAUCUUGGCUAUGCGGAUUGCGAUAAGUUGGUUGAGAUGAUUCUCGACGUUAAUCUCCAAGAGGUAGCUACGUUGCUGGAGAGUUUAUUCACAUCGGAUACUCCGCUGACCGAUACAUUUCUGAAAAAGAAAAGCUCAUAUGGUAUGGAGAGGAUUCAUCAAACGCAGAGUCCUGCCUACGGUGUGGAUGGAGAGGAAUCAAAAGCUGAUCAGAUGAUAACGCUGAAUGCAUAUGUUAGGAAGAAGGAAGGGAACAUUAUAUAUGUUGAAUGUGGUAAUGAUUUUGUUGAUCUUCUUUUCACUUUUCUUGCUAUGCCUCUAGAAUCUGUAUGGGGAAUAUCGGGCAACGGAAUCAUCCUUGGAUGCAUUGGAAACUUGUGCAAAAGCUUCAAGGAAUUGGGUGUUGAUUCCGGAGGAGAAGCUUCGGGUUUUAAAUGUGUUCUUCCUCAUUACUACAAGUGUCAGAAGCAGCUGCUUGAUGUUGUCACUACACAUAAGCCACCAACUUACUACCAUUAUGUUUCCUUCUCUGUGAAUCAUUUUAGAGAGUACAGUUUGUCUGAAAACUCUGGUAAGCGACUUGUGUAUGAUUGGGAUGAACUCGUGCGCGUGACCUCGAUAGAUCCAAAAUCCGACAGUGCUGAAUCAAGUGGAUUUGUGAAGAGAGGGAUGAGGUUCAUGGUGACAGAUGAAUUAAUCAUUGCUCCUUCGAACUCAACCUCAACCAUUGGAAUGUUAAAAGAUAAACAUACCCGAUUAGAUGAAGUCGAAGUGCGAGUGAUCAGUAUGAAAAAAGAAGAGGUUAUCAGAUUACUGGCAGCUUCAUUGGUGACAUCAUCUGCGUUAAGCACUGGUCUCUUAGGUAUGGAACCAGCUUCAACAAGUACUCCUGGAAGCCGGUUUCGCAAGAAGCCAAAGAUCGAGACUUGA